AUGAUCCAGACAAACAGCAAGGUUUUAAUAAAGUCUUCGAGCUGUAUCAAUUUGAUGCUUGAUAAUCUUCCGCUAGCAGCUUCAGUAAAAUCUGAGAUUUCAUCAAAGAAUUUCAUUGCUAGAAGAAAAGCUUCCCCUUACUGCAAGGCAAGCAUCAAGACAAGUGAAAAGGAAAAACUUUUAACUAAAAUAAGGACAGGCAAAGUCCAUUCUAGGUUUUCAGCACCUCCUUCUCAGUCUUCGCCAGUAGCUAAAAAACCAAGCCAGAAUAAAAAAACACACAAAUAUAUUUCCACCAAAUCUAGUAAAGGCGUUAUAAGCAAAAAAAAGUCUGUUUCUGGUGUUCCAGAAUCAGUGAAAAUGCAAGAAACUGCAAGAUAUUAUGGAAGAAGAGAGAGUGCUUUAACACUGCCUGAAUCUUUGAAAUUAGUGGAAAUUGAGAGCUUCUUGAUGACACCUAUAGAGAAUAAAUCCAUAAGGAGACAGAUUGUUGAAGAAAAUGAUAAAAGCUUAUUAGAUAUCAUUGAAGAUAUUGAAAAUUUUGUAAGUUAA